AUUUCGACCACUUCCAGAUCUUGAGGGCAAUAGGGAAAGGAAGUUUCGGAAAGGUCUGCAUUGUGCAGAAGAAGGACACUAAGAAGAUGUACGCCAUGAAGUACAUGAACAAGCUCAAAUGCGUGGAGCGGAACGAAGUGAGAAAUGUCCUGAAAGAGCUGCAGAUCAUGCAGAACCUUGAACAUCCAUUCCUGGUCAACUUUUGGUAUUCCUUCCAGGAUGAGGAGGACAUGUUUAUGGUGGUGGACUUGCUCCUGGGCGGAGACCUGCGCUACCACCUCCAACAGAACGUCCACUUCUCAGAGAGCACCGUCAAACUCUACAUCUGUGAAUUGGCCCUGGCUCUGGGAUACCUCCGCAGCAAGCGCAUCAUACACAGAGACAUCAAACCUGACAACAUACUGCUGGAUGAGCAUGGGCACGUCCAUCUAACAGACUUCAACAUUGCAGCCAUUGUAAAAGAAGACCUAAAAGCAACGUCCAUCGCUGGGACCAAGCCAUACAUGGCUCCUGAGCUUUUUCAGAGCUUUGAGGGGUCUCACCCUGGCUACUCCUUCUCUGUGGACUGGUGGUCGCUGGGCAUCACAGCCUAUGAGCUACUAAGAGGACAGAGACCAUAUGUGAUGAGAUCCAGCACACCAGCUAAUGAGAUCCUUCAGACCUUCCACAAGGUCCAUCCUAGCUACCCAGCAGGCUGGUCUUUGGAGAUGAAGUCUCUCCUCAGAAAGUUGCUGUGCAUAGAUGUCCAGAAGCGCAUUUCCUGUCUAGCAGAGCUACAGGAUCUGGACUACAUGUCAGACGUCAACUGGGACGCUGUUCUCAGCAAACAGCUUCCUCCAGGCUUUAUUCCCAACAGACGGAGACUAAACUGUGACCCUACAUUUGAGCUGGAGGAAAUGAUCCUGGAGUCUAAACCGCUUCACAAGAAGAAGAAAAGGCUUGCUAGAAAGACCAAGGACCAGGGGUCUGAUGGUUCGCCACAGAACGGUCAGUUGCAGCAGAGAUUGGACAAUGUUCAGAGAGACUUCAUUGUCUUCAACAGAGAAAAAUGUUCUUUACUCAACAGGUCAAGGAAAGCAGUGGUGGACUCAGAGUCUUCUGAGCUUUCCAUGAGUGAAAAGAACAAGGCAAUAGAGGACGGACAGAAUAACAAUGUUGAGCCGGCGGCCUACUUAUCAGGAUAGAUUUACGACCCAAGAUCCCUACUUACUUAUCACUUGCGCCUGCCCACAGCUUGUAGAUCAGCAAUUUACACAUAGACACCUAUUGUUCUAUCAGCACAGGCACUCAGAACUGGUCUCCAGUGCCCUUGCACCACUAUUUCAUCUAUACAAAAAUAAAUGCAACACUGUAUGCACCUGUUCACCCACAAAAAAAGUCCCAGAGCUCCAGAACUGAGGGAGUGAAAAGGACUCAUGGAGCAGCAGCCAUUGCUACAACCGGGCUUUUUGCUUUCCUGUCACCGAGAUGAAUGACCCUCUGCAGACUGUCACUCAUAUCA